AGACGCCGGUACCGAGGAGUACGGUGAGGAGUACGACUACUACCCUGAGGAGGAUCGUGCCGGUUUCUCUUCUUCCGACUUGACAGGAUGCCUCCAAGGCGCGCACCUCCGCCUCCUCCACCUCCACCUCUGGAAAUUGGGCAAGCUCUGCUGAAUGUGACUCAGAUUCUAGCGCAGUUGGCCCAGAACCAGGCGCAGAACAAUGAAGGGAAUGGCCGGGUCACUAUCAGAGAGUUCCUUAAUCUCAACCCGCGCACCUUCGACACUCCACUGAAGCCACUAGAUGCAGAUGAUUGGCUUCGUGAGAUGAACCGCACCCUCAACACUGCGCGUGUAGCUCCAGCAGACAGAGUUUCCUUUGUGACCUUCCUCCUGAGAGGUGAGUCUGCUGCAUGGUGGGACAGCUACCUGGAGAGGAGAGAUCCAGAUGUUGAGACUAGUUGGGAUGACUUCCAGGCACUUUUCAGGCGUCACCACAUUCGUGAUGGUGCCAUGGACAAGAUGCGUGAGGAGUUUCGUAGGCUCACACAGGCUGAUAUGGAUGUGGAAACCUACAGCAGAGCCUUCACCAACCUUGCUCGCUAUGCAGGUGAUGAGAUCUCCACCGAUGAGAGGAAGCAAGACAAGUUUCGCGAGAGGCCUCAACCCUACGGUCAAGUUCGCUAUCAACCUCGAUCAAGUGCGAAACUUCGAUGA